AUGUUCGGUGUAGACGGCCGUUCACUACGGAGAUCGUUUGCGUUCUAUUUAUUUUGUAACGCUAGUUAUCUGUUAGAUGUGGUGCAUUUUAACAGCUGUUACAUAUUUGUAGCUGUAAUGUCCUAUAGUCCGAUGCAUUUUAUAGUUAACUGGCUAGCGGCUGUAUUUUUGCAGUCUGCUUGGGUUUAAAUGUCCUGUGCGCCACACAGACUAGCUGUCAGCUGCAGAUUGGUUUUGUAUGUUAAUGUGUCUGACAAGGCUCUUAUGAAAUGUGAUACUCAAGGAAAGAGCGAAAAUGCCGCUAUAUUCAAGUUUGGCAAGUAAAAACUACGACUACGAUUCUAUCCAGCCAUAUUUUUAUGUUGACAACGAAGAUGAGGAUUUUUAUCACCAGCAAGGACAACUUCAGCCACCGGCUCCAAGUGAGGACAUCUGGAAGAAAUUUGAGUUGCUGCCCACUCCUCCUCUCUCCCCGUUCCGGCGACCAUCACUGUAUAGUCUUUUCCCUUCAACUUCUGACCAACUCGAAAUGGUGACAGAGUUUCUCGGGGAUGACGUUGUAAACCAGAGUUUCAUCUGCGAUGCCGAUUACUCUCAAACGUUCCUCAAAUCUAUCAUCAUCCAGGACUGUAUGUGGAGCGGGUUCUCGGCUGCAGCCAAUUUGGAAAAAGUGGUGUCUGAAAGACUCGCCUGUCUCCAGGCUGCUAGGAAAGAAUCAGCUUUUAGCGACAACGUGGAGUGGACUACUACUCGGUUGAACGCAAACUACUUGCAGGAUCUGAACACAUCCGCGUCCGAAUGCAUUGAUCCCUCAGUGGUAUUUCCCUACCCAAUAACUGAUACUUCCAAAUCAAGCAAGGUGGCACCACCCACGGAUGUGGCAUUGGACACCCCACCCAACAGCGGUAGCAGCAGUGGGAGUGACUCUGAAUAUGAGGAGAUAGAUGUCGUGACUGUGGAGAAGAGGCACGCAGAGAAGCGGUGCGACCCCAACAUGUCUGGGCGCAGACAUCACAGUCCCCUUGUGCUGAAGAGGUGCCAUGUCUCCACCCACCAGCACAACUACGCUGCCCACCCCUCCACGCGGCAUGAGCAGCCAGCUGUCAAGAGGCUGAGGCUAGAGAGCAGUAACAGUGGCAGCAGCAACCGGGUCCUCAAGCAGAUCAGCAGCAACCGCAAAUGUCCAAGUCCCUGGACGUCAGACACUGAGGACUACGACAAAAGAAGGACUCAUAAUGUACUGGAGCGCCAGCGGAGGAAUGAGCUCAAGCUGAGCUUUUUCGCUCUACGGGACAAGAUACCUGAGGUGGCUAACAAUGAAAAGGCAGCCAAAGUGGUAAUCCUGAAGAAGGCUAUAGAGUGUAUUUACAGCAUGCAGACAGACGAGCAGAGACUAGUCAACUUCAAAGAGCAGCUGAGGAGGAAAAGUGAACAUUUGAAACAGAAGCUGGCCCGGUUAAAGAACUCUCAUUUUUGAGAUCACAGUGGCAUAGACUUUUUGGCCUUAUCAUUUUUAAUGCAAGUUAAGACAUGGUGUGUGUAUAGUUGAUAUUGCAUGCAAAAAAAGUUUUUGGGGUGUAUCUGAUUUAAAUGUUGAACUGCCUUAAUUCAAUUAUCGGCAGUUAAAUAUUUAAUUUAUUUUAUUAAUAAAAUCUGAAAUUGGGCUACAUGUGUUGCAUGCCCGACCUAAAAUAUGAAUGUUUUGUAUAUAAUUUCUGAAUACUUCCUAAAAUGUAUUUUUGGAUCUCAAUUGUCAGGAGGUUCAGGCAGUAUAUGGGUUUCCAUAUGUUCCUUGAUUCAUUUGAAAUAUAAAUGCAUUUCUUAA